CAUGCCUGCACCGAGCUUCCCACACACAGACAGACAAAACACACACACAGAUGUCUAACUCUAAUGGGAAGAAGACAAUGGCAGUGGGUGAAUCAUAUUCAUAUCCCAUGAAUGGCGGUGACGGCCCCUAUAGCUACUCUCGAAACUCCAUCUAUCAGAGAGAAGUAGUGGAUGCUUCAAAAAGUAUGAUAACUGAAGCCAUUUUUGACAACUUUGACUUCGAAAACUCGCCUUCUAAUCGACUCAACACUAUCAGGAUCGCCGAUUUGGGCUGUUCUGUUGGACCAAACACUUUCAUGUCCGUUCAAAACAUCCUCCAAGCCAUAGAACUCAAACACAAAACAAUUCAACAAAACCCUACAAGCCCUGAAUCCCAAAUCCACCACCCUCAAGCCCAAACCCUAGAAUUCCAAGUCUUUUUCAACGACCUCACCGCCAACGAUUUCAACACACUCUUCAUAACCCUUCCACCCUCUUCUCCACCGUACUUCGUUGCCGGCGUCCCUGGCUCGUUCCACCAUCGGGUGUUCCCGGAGGCCUCACUCCACGUUGCAUACUCCUCCUAUGCACUCAACUGGAUGUCUAGGGUUCCUGAGGAAGUGGUGGAAAGAGACUCCCCCACGUGGAACAAAGGGAGAGUUCACUACACCCACAAUGCGAAGAUUUUCGAAGCCUACUCGGCUCAGUUCAAGAGGGACAUGGAGGAUUUUUUUAGGGCUAGGGCACAGGAGGUUGUGGAGGGAGGGCUCUUGCUGCUUCUUUUGCCUGGUUGUCAAGAUGGAGUCCUUCCUUGUGAGACAUCUGCUAGUUUGCAGCAUGAACUUUUUGGAUCAUGCCUCAUGGACAUGGCCAAGAUGGGAAUGAUUAGUGAAGAAAAAGUGGAUUCCUUCAACUUGCAUCUCUACCAUACAUCGCCCAUGGAGUUUAGGGAAUUAAUAGAGGCGAAUGGGUACUUUCACAUAGAGAAAAUGGAAAGUUUUAAUCCCUUUCCUAUUCUCAAAGAGUUGCCUAAUUUUCACGAGUUGGCAACACAUUUUAGAGCUGCCAUAGAAGGACUCAUUACUGAACACUUUGGAAGUGAGAUCGUUGAGGAGUUAUUUGAACGCUACGCUGAGAAAAUUGCUCAAAACACCUAUGUGUUUGAUGCUCAAAACACCAAAGAGUUCAUGAUUUUCGCUUGUCUCAAGCGCAAAGUGGGUGAUGAAGGGAACGGAGAUCUCCAUUUUAAUUCCAAAGAAAAUCAAAAUUGUUGAAAAUCAUUUGAGUGCUUUCCCUUUCUGUUUGCUUCAUUAAUGCUGGUUUUUGAGUCCAUCCCUUACUGGAUUUUUGUUUGAAGAGUUUUUAAUAACUUAAUUGCCCAUGAUUUGUUAGCAUGGAGUUUUUUUUUUUGUGCGCUUGCUUGCUCGCUUGUGUGUGUUCUGUUUUGUUUUUGCUUUGUUGUUGUAGUUAUAACAAAUGUAAGUCGGGUAUUGUAUUAUUUGUGUAAUUUGAAUAAAUGCAUUUUAUGAUUUUC